UUGACAGUUGACAGACGUCUGUUUAGCUGACGCCGCUCAAAGUCAACUUGUACCAUACAAAGCAUGUUUGUAUUCUUUGUUAUUUGAAAUGUUCUUAUAAUCGUUAAUGGUUGCUCACGAAGUCAUCGCAUAAGUUGAAUAACGUCUUGAUAGGAAAGCCGGUUGGAUGUGUCACAUUUAACGCAGUAGGUUUUUCUGUAAGAUGAUGGAUUCGGACGAUGAAGAUGUUUCGGAGAACGACAUCCUCGACUGGUACAAGAGCGAAGUGGCAGAUAUUUGGGACACAGCAACGGAUUCAGCCUUCGCUGAUCUCAGUUCAAAUUUUACUGAGAUGUUUAGGCAGGUCAUGAAUGACGUUAAGCAGAGGAGCCAAUCCAGCCAGGUGCCAAAUGGUCACGCAGUGGAAGUCAAUGGCCAUUGCUCUAACGUGAAUGGUGUUCAUGAACAGCAGGCGGCACCAGAAGCUACUACUAACACUGUGUCAGUCAGCACUGACCAGUUGAUGGCAAUGCUUCAGGAUGAAGAUGAUGAUUGGCUCGAGGACAGCAGCACUCCCUCACAGGAUGAAGAGCCAAUGGUUCUCUCCGUCCAGUUAACAGAUCCCCAAAAUCAAACUGAAGAGAACCAAAAAAACGUGAAGGGAGUCAGUCAGGAGAAUAAUCGCCUGGCUGACUCCAUCAUUUCAAAGUUUGAAACAGUUUUUCAAACAGUCAUGCAAGCAUCACAUCUCUCAUCCUGCUUCGUUGUUCCACUGACUGCAUUGUACACUGCUUCUUUGACACACAAACUAUCUCAAAUGUGGUUUCUCAAAAAUGUUCAAGACUACAUCUAUCCUGUCGCAAGACUGUUUUGGCUUGCCUACUCGGUUCUGGCUGGUCUGCAUGAAGAAAGUUGCCUCAUCACACACCCAUUUUGUGAAUACAGACAAAAGUUUGUUGAUUGUCAGUUUCGCACUCAAGUAAUCGAAGUUAAGAAGGAGAAGUCAACAACCAUUAGAUCUCCGAUUGAAUACUACAACGGUGGCAUCCCUAUCAUGAAGGAUAUCAGCCAUAAACCAAUAUUGAGAGGUAUCAAGGAAAUUCAAUCUAAAGGAAGACAAACAAUUUUGCGAUUUGUCUACGCUUUCAUCUCGAAACGAUUCGCCGAUUUGAGUAACCUCCUACAUUACCGAGAACUUCGAACGUGCAGAAAUAUUGAUGGUGUGUGUUCUACUCCAUUCUUUCAUCGUUUGCAUAUUCUGCUCCCUAACGUAUGCGCCCAGGUACUAACUCAACUGUCAAUAUGGACACACUGAUUGACGGAUGGUAGCUGCACAAAUCAUUUCGCGAAGUGUACUACAAUUGGCAAUUUUGGAACUCGAUUCCCGCAUCAAUUGACAAGUUGGGUGGUGAAAUCAGCGUAACGGAUGUCAGUUCGUUUUUAUUAAUACACAAUACAGAAACCACA